GCUCCUACUACUGGUGCUCUGUUUGCAGACAGGAGAGCUCAUGUGCCCAUCAAGGUGUGACAGAUGUAAACAGGCACAUUAAAAGUAAAGGCCAUAAGGCCAAAGAACAGGCACUUCAGUCAACAAGUGGCAUUGCACAGUUUUAUGCUCCAGCUUCUGUUGGUGGUAUGACAGCACAAGAGGCCAAGACAAGGAGAGCUGAGGUAAAGGUGGCUGUUGCAAUGGUCCAACAUAAUGUGCCAUUUGCAGUAGCAGAUCAUUUCAGCCCGCUGUUGAAGGAGUGCUUUAAAGAUUCCACCACUGCACAGAAUUUCAAGUGUGCGAGCACCAAAGCAACAUGCAUUAUCAAUGAAGCAGUGGUACCGCAUUUUAGAAAUGAGUUGGUGACAAAGAUGAGGGAAAAUCCUUUUACAUUGAUCACAGAUGGGUCAAAUGAUACAGGACAAGAGAAGAUGAACCCACUCACUGUGCGGAUAUAUGAUAGGGACACUAGCAAAGUUGUCCAUAGGUUUUUGGAUAUGUGCACCACCAGUGGCCGUAACUGUGGCACAGCUGAAGUGAUUUAUCAAAAGAUAAAUGAGGCCUUGCAGAAAAAUGUCAUACCAUGGGGAAACUGUGUAAGUCUGUCUAUUGAUAAUGCACCAGUGAAUACAGGAGCAAAAAAUUCUAUUGCAUCAAGAAUUUUGAAUGAAAAUGGAAACAUUUACAUCCAUGGGUGCCCCUGCCACAUAAUUCACAACACGGCCAAACAUGCUGGGCAGAGGUUUUUGGAAGUAUCUGGAUUUGAUCCAGAGGAUCUGUGUGUGGAUGUUGGAUACUGGUUUAGGGGAAGUACCAACCGUAAAGGAUACCUAUCAGAAUUUUGUGACUUCCAUGGGAAUGAAUAUAUGGAAAUGUUACAACAUGUUUCCAUUCGAUGGUUGAGCCUGGAGAGCUGUGUGACUCGAAUUCUGCGGCAGUAUGAGCCACUCAUCAGCUACUUCAAGUCUUUAAAUGAGAAACAACCAAGGUUCCGAAGGCUGAUGGAUGCAUUUUCCAACCCACUAACGGAAGUGUACCUCCUCUUUUAUCAGGCUACAUUGCCAGCCUUCUCCACCUUGAACCUCCUCCUCCAGAGAGAGAGGUCAUCCUUCUUUCUUCUCCAUGAAGAGAUGACAAAAUUUGUUCGCAAGUUGUGCUCAAGGUUUCUAAAGCCAGUAGCACUACAGUGUCGAGAUUUGCAUGACAUCCACUACAAGGACCCAGCAAACCAACUGCCAGGAGAAAAGCUGAAUGUUGGAUUUACAACUAGGGCUACGCUCAACCGGCUCCUUGAUACAGGAGAUGUAACACCUCAACAUGUGCAGAGGUUCCAAAAGGCAGCACUGGCGUUUCUAGUGAGGGCGGUGGAAUAUGCACUAGAAAAACUACCCCUGAAAGAGGCACUACUCAAGCAUGCCAGAUUUGUGGAUGUCCAGCAGAGGACAGAGUGUGGCAUUGAAGAUGCCUUAUACUUUGUUGACAGGUUUGCUGAAUUGCUUCCAUACCAGGGACCCCAAGAGCAUGAUCAACUUAGUGAGGAGUUCCUCGAAUAUCAAUUGAUGGACAUCACUAUGCCCCAAGACCCAUCCACUUUUGACAUUGAGGGUUUUUGGGGAAAUAUGACAUCAGUAAAGAACAGGGUGACUGGAUUAAGCAGAUUUGGAAGGCUGUUCAAGAUUGCCAAACUGGUUUUAGUUCUUCCCCACUCAAAUGCAGAUGCAGAGAGAGUGUUUUCCAUGGUUGGUUUGAACAAAACCAAAACUAGGAAUAGUUUGGCUCUGGAUGGAACACUCUCUUCCAUCAUGAUGGUGAAAAUGGCAAGCAUUGAACCACAGUGCUUUAAGUGGGAGCCGCCUACCUCUGUAAUCAAGGCCUCAAAACAUGCAACAAACACUUACAAUAUAAAACAUUCAUAAACCAAAUGUACUCUCUCACACAUGCUCACACAAACACACCUUGUAUUGUAAGUAUGCUCAGGGCAAGUUCUGCAAUGUUGCUGUUCAGUUGGCUCAUUUGGGGCAAUUUUUUAUAUAUUUGUAUUUUUGAAAUAAAACAAUGUAUUUAAUUUCUAUGACUUUGUCUUUAAUUAGAUUUCCCAA